ACAGACAGAGGAGGACGCACCGGAGCCGCGAGCUGGAGACGUUUGUUCCAGAGCGCAUCGCCAACCCUCCGUGAUCCGUCUCUCCCUGAAACCUUCCACCUUCACCUGCAGGACAGUGACCCGGGAGCGGGGAGGACCCUAGAUUUGGAGGAUAACUUUUUUUCAGACAUACCUCAACAUCUCUGGAAUAAAUAACACAGCAACUAUUUGAUUUUUCCUUACUUCUCAAAUGAAAGAGGAGUCGAGAAGGUUUAAUUUUGGAACAAUGUAGCCUCAACAAAUAAGACUCUGAACACAUUCGGGAUUUUCUGAAGCUAUUUCGCGGACUGGAAUCCCUAACGGAACUAACGGACAGUCAGAACCCCUCUAUGAGUUUCCACCUCUUCUUUAACACGUUUAUUUUUGCUCAGUGUCAGUCGAAGUUUCCCUCUAUAAUAAUGCGUUUCGUGGACUUAUUAUAGGCCCUCCCCAGGCUUUUGGAAUUGGUGAAUACCCCGUGAACGCACCGAGUUGUGACCACAGGAUGCAUCAAAGGGACUGGUAACUCACUCAAGGUUCGUGAGAAUCUCGAGGUCGACUGAUGCAGCCAUGGGCCGAUCGCUGGAUCUUUGAGAGCAACUGUUGUCUCCUUCCUCCUCCACCGCGUCCUUUUCUUCUUCCCUCUCCCCCUCCCCUGCCUUUUUUUGCACUACACAGCUUUUAGUUGAGCACUGCUGAAAACAGGCAUCAACCUAUCGUACGUUCUCCUUCCCUUUACCUGCAAACCAUGGCAAGAAUUCUCUCUCAGAUUUGUGGCCAAGCAAGAUGGCCUCUCCCAGUGAUACUCCUGUAUUUUGCCCCUCUGUUGCUGAUGGAUGGUUGGUGUCAUGCAGCUCCCUCUGGCCCAGAGUCAGACUCAUGUUCCACCUUAGUCCAGAACCGUUUCUUCGGUUUCUUCCUGUCAUCGUCAGUGUUCCCCAGCAUGCCUUGCUCCUGGACCCUGCAGAACCCUGAUCCGAGGCGCUACACAAUCUUCAUUAAGGUGACCAAACCUACAGAGGACUGCGUGCCAUCACAGCUACGCACCUUCCAGUACGACUCCUUCCUAGAAACCACGCGCACUUACCUGGGCAUGGAGAGCUUUGACGAGGUGGUGAAGCUUUGUGAUUCCUCUGCUCCAGUGGCCUUCCUUGAGGCCGGAAAGCAGUUCCUCCAAAUGAGGAAGGGACCUCUUAAGGUGGCCACAGCCAUUCCUGCCGGUGACAGGGAUUUCAAAACAGAAUACCUGGUAGUGGGCAAGCGCAACCCCAGCAUGGCAGCCUGUCAGAUGCUGUGCCAGUGGCUGGAGGACUGUCUGGCCUCCAGCACAUCUAACAGGCCCUGUGGCAUCAUGCAGACCCCAUGUUUGUGCUGGGAGCCACCACCGCAGCUCAGUGAGGGGGAUAGCUGUUAUCACAAUGGAGUUUACCUGGAAAACUGUUUACCCAGCGUGAAAGAGAGUGGAAAAGAUGCCGAGAUAAAUGGUGGCUGGAGUGUGUGGGGUGUGUGGGCGCAGUGCAGCAGCGAGUGCGGCGGUGGGAUUCAAACCCGGACCAGGACCUGCCAGUCACCCCCAGAGGAGUCAUACCUGUGUGAGGGUGUGGUGGAGGAGGGCCGGCCGUGCAACUCGCAGUCCUGCACCGGCAAAGGUCGCCAUCUCUCUCGCAGCCAAUCGCUUCGCUCCGUGGACAGCCGCAAGCGUGAUGACGUAGACAAGCCCCGCAGUGGACAGCAGAGCCCUCAGACAGACUCAGCUUCAGGUGAGGAGUGGUCAGCGUGGAGUGUGUGUUCUGCCACUUGUGGGGAGGGCUGGCAGAGUCGCACUCGUUUCUGCGUGUACUCCUCUUACAGCACCCAGUGUAGUGGGCCACUGCGAGAGCAGAGACCUUGCAACAACUCUGCUGUGUGUCCAGUGCACGGUGCUUGGGACGAGUGGUCACCGUGGAGUUUAUGUUCGUCAACCUGUGGCCGAGGUUACAGGUCUCGAACACGGAGCUGCGCUCCCCCUCAGUUUGGGGGAGAUCCCUGUGACGGCCCAGAGAAGCAGACCAAAUUCUGCAACAUAGCUGUCUGUCCAGUGGAUGGAGUGUGGAAUGAGUGGUCCAACUGGAGCUCCUGCUCUGCCUCCUGUUCAAAUGGGACCACGCAGAGAACCAGGGAGUGUAACGGCCCUUCGUACGGAGGCUCGGAGUGCAGGGGAGAGUGGCUGGAGACUGUCGACUGCUUCCUUGGGGAGUGUCCGGUGGAUGGCAAGUGGCAGCCAUGGUCUUUGUGGUCGGGCUGUUCUAAAACCUGUGGAGGGGGGAGCCAGCAGAGAAACAGGAUUUGUUAUGGGCCCUUUUUUGCGGGGCAGAUUUGUCCUGGAGAACAAGAGGAGGUCCGGCUCUGCAAUGAAAAGAGAUGUCCGGAACCUCAUGAAAUAUGUGGCGAGGACAACUUCUCCAACGUCAUAUGGAAGAUGACUCCAGCUGGGGACACAGCGGCAGUACGCUGUCCUCCUAAUGCCAUGGGGCUAAUCCUACGCCGCUGCAGCCUGGAUGAAGAGGGCGUCGCCUACUGGGAGAAUCCCACCUAUAUGAAGUGCAUCUCCAAUGACUAUCGCAGCAUACAAACUCUGACACGGGAACAUUUGUCCAAAGCGCAACGCGGCCUUGUGGGAGAUGGAGUUUCUGAUGUGAUGACCAAGCUGAGAGUGACGUCCAGUGAUGGGACCAGCUACAGCGGUGAUCUGCUGGCCAUCGUGGAUGUGCUGAAGAAUAUGACGGAGAUCUUCAGGAGGGCGUACUACAGCCCCAGCAGUAUAGAUAUGAGGAACUUUGUGCAGUCUGUCAGCAAUCUGUUGAUAGAAGAGAACAGGGAGAGAUGGGAGGAAGCACAACUGCUGGGACCGAACGUCAAAGAGCUGUUCCGUCUGGUCGAGGACUUUGUGGAUGUCAUCGGCCUGAGGAUGAAAGACUUUCAAGACAUGUAUGAAGUCACUGAUAACCUAGUUUUGAGCAUCCACAAGCGUCCAGUGGCGGGCCAUGCAGACAUCAACUUCCCAAUGAAGGGCUGGAGGGGCAUGGUGGACUGGGCCCGCAGCUCUGAGGACAGAGUCACCAUCUCCAAAAACAUCCUGUCCACUGGAAAGCCAGAUACAGACGACUCCUCGACAUUUGUAACCGGCAUCGUUCUGUACAGAAACCUUGGCAGUAUUCUGACUCUGCAGAGGAACAGCACAGUCCUCAACUCCAAGGUUUUGUCAGUGACUAUCAAGCCCACGCCUGCUUCCCUCUCUGCUCCGGUAGUGGUCGAAUUCUCUCACCUGUACAACGGGACCACUAACCAGACCUGUAUUUCCUGGGACGAGAGCGAAAGCUCCUCUCUGCUGGGAUCCUGGUCUGCCAGGGGCUGCAAAACCGUGCUACUCGACUCAUUCAGAACCAAAUGCGUGUGUGACAGACAGUCCACCUUCGCCAUUUUAGCACGGCUCAAUCCCGACAUGAACAUGGAUAAGACACACCUCCCGUCCGUGACGCUGAUUGUGGGCUGUGGAGUGUCUUCGCUCACGUUGCUGCUGCUCAUCAUCAUCUAUGUGUCUGUGUGGAGGUACAUCCGGUCUGAGCGCUCGGUCAUACUCAUCAACUUCUGCCUCUCCAUCAUAUCCUCCAAUGCCCUUAUUCUCAUUGGACAGACGCAGACACGGAAUAAGGUGUUAUGCACCCUGAUAGCCGCCUUCCUUCAUUUCUUCUUCCUGUCCUCGUUCUGCUGGGUUCUGACAGAGGCGUGGCAGUCGUACAUGGCGGUGACGGGUCGCCUCAGGAAUCGCAUCAUACGCAAGCGAUUCCUGUGUCUCGGCUGGGGUCUCCCUGCACUAGUAGUGGCGAUCUCAGUUGGAUUCACAAAGGCAAAGGGAUAUGGAACACCAAGCUACUGCUGGCUGUCUCUGGAAGGAGGUCUUCUUUAUGCAUUUGUUGGACCUGCUGCAGCUGUUGUCUUGGUUAACAUGGUUAUUGGGAUUCUCGUUUUUAACAAACUGGUGUCCAAAGACGGCAUUACUGAUAUGAAACUAAAGGAGAGGGCGGGUCAGAUGACAGUGCCACUGUACAAUAUGACGCUCAAAUGUGCCAAGUGCGGAGUUAUCUCUUCGGCUGACGUUUCCACCACAGCUACCAGUAACGCCAUGGCGUCAUUGUGGAGCUCCUGUGUGGUUUUGCCCCUCCUGGCCCUCACUUGGAUGUCGGCUGUCCUCGCGAUCACCGAUCGGCGCUCUGCUCUCUUCCAGAUCCUUUUUGCCGUCUUUGAUUCACUGGAAGGCUUUGUCAUUGUCAUGGUGCACUGCAUCCUGCGCAGAGAGGUUCAGGAGGCGGUGAAGUGUCGUGUAGUGGACCGGCAGGAGGACGCAAACGGAGACUCAGGAGGAUCUUUCCAGAAUGGCCAUGCUCAGCUCAUGACUGACUUUGAGAAAGACGUGGAUAUGGCUUGCAGAUCAGGCACUAUGAAGCGCUCGUCUCUCCAGGGGGAGGAGAAAGCCUCGGCUGGGACCCUCACCCUUCAGAAGGGUUCUAACUUCAACACCAUGCCAGCCAGCAUGGCUAAGGUUCACCUCCAGAACGUGGCCGACUACAACUGUCACACUCUGACGCUGCGCAGGGAGAAAGGCGCGGCUAAGGGGAUCAGCACAGAGCUACCAGGCGCCAAAUCCAUCUACAUCUGCGACGGCGAACUCUUCAAGCAGCUGGACGGAGAGCUGCCUCGGGGGAACGGCGAGGGCAGCAGCUCUGAGGGCACUGGCAAAGGUCCGGGAUACGUCAUUCUACCGACCAACAACACGGGCACUCUGAAGGCAGCCAAGGGGAAAGAGGAGCAGGCGGCCAAGUAUAACAUCGGCAUUGAGCAGCUGCCUCAGACCAGGCUCAUCCACCUGGCCAACUCUGCCAGCGGGGAGCCAGUGCCUGGCUUUGGGCUGAAGACCCUGCCUGCCGACCAGGUCAGUGUGUCAUGCUCUGACAGAGACUCACCUGCACACAACCUGCAGCCCAGAGACUCCCAUGUGGCGAACAUCAUGUGUGAUGGGGGAGACUCCGGAAACUCUGGUGUGAUGUCUAAGAGUGAAACCGUCUCCACGCUGUCCAUGAGCUCACUGGAGAGACGAAAAUCACGCUAUGCAGAGCUUGACUUUGAGAAAAUAAUGCACACCCGGAAACGCCACCAGGACAUGUUUCAGGACCUGAACAGGAAGAUUCACAGUGCAGACAAGGAUAGAGAAUCUCCACCUGUUGACGCCAAAGCUGCCAAAAGAUGGAGUGUGUCCUCUGCCAGCAGUGACAAGACCAACAUGAGUGACAAGCAGCAGACCCCAAGUAAGAGGGCGUGGGAGGGCAUCAGGAAGACCCACUCCCCCCCAUCCUGGGUGAGGAAGGACCUGGAGACAGUGGCAGCCUCUCCUCUGGAGCUGCAGACGGUGGAGUGGGAGAAGACCAGUGCCACCAUUCCUCUGGUGGGUCAGGAGAUCAUGGACCUGCAGACAGAGGUGUGACCCUGAUAAUGGCCUCAUACGUACGACUCUUUUUUUUUUUCCACGGCUCUCCGACAAACAAGCAGACACACCACAUACACUGCCCUGCUCUGUACUUAUACUCAAAGGCUGGAUGAAGCCCACUGCGAGGAGCGUGAGGGGGAAGAAGGGUGAGGAGGAGAGAGAAGCAUCACAAUAUCCGAAAAAUCAAUUCAACCAAUUAAAAAGAGAGAAUGGGAACACAGUGUCUUUCUCUAUCGUUUCAUUUGACGUUUGGACUGUGUUUCUGUCAAAACAAUACUCGUCAUCUUCUUGUAUAUGGUCUCAGAUACCAUGCUGGCUUACAUGGGAGACAGGUUGCCAAAGCCGCUGAUUCAGCUGCUGUAUCUGCAUCAUGUAAUAAACAGCACAGCAAAGGUAAUCAUGCAAUGUUUACCCCUGCAUUAAAUGGUUACAGUGUAAUAAUCAUGAUUAUGUCUCUUUUUUUCCACUGUUGAGAGUAUUGCUGUUUCCGCUCUCUCUUUCUCCUGAUGAACGCUUAAGUUGUACUUGGCUCGAGAUGCCUCUGGAUCUAUUUCUUUGUCAUCGAUCUCAAAAGGGAAAAUUGAACAGGGGUUUGAGGAGGCAGACUGCCAAACAUACAUCCAUGUGCCCCUCAAUGCUGUCGCCUCCCCUCCUACAGCUCUCGCCAAUUCUUUUGGCUCCAAGACUUUAUCCCCCGAUCCCUGCGGGGCAAGGUUGGCCCUGCAGCAACAGGCAGAGGGGAGGAUGGAGAAAAAAAAAAAAAUCGAAGACAUCGACUUGAGUAGAAUUGGCAGGUUUCCUCCUCAUCAACAGAGACCUCAGAGACGCCAGUGAGCGGGCCGCUGGGCCCUGCGCUCUAAGCGGCCCUCAACGUCAACCUCAACCUCAGCCACACAUGGAGGGACAACAUGGACAUCAGUGCAUCCUGUUUCUUGAUGUAUAAGCAGGCUUGGUACAGUAGUGCAAAAUAGGACAGUGUUUCCAAGAUGCUAAGGAAAAAGGUGCUUGCGUGCGAGUGUGUAUAUGUAUGUUGAGUAAUAGAAGGUACAGACGGGGCCAAAUUAAAGGAUAAGUCGACGUAGAUUCUGUCUCUGGAAGUUUCUCAAACUGCAUUGCAGGGAUGGAACACCACUCUUCCAAAGAAUAUUCCCUCAUUUGGUGUGGAUGGUGGUGGAGGGUGCUCUCUAACACCCUGAGAUCUGGUCAUUGUCAAGGCCAUAUUGACCCCGCCACCCUGAGGUCGGGGCAAUUGUCGUCAACUCAUUUUUCAGAUUUCUUCCUUAAAUUUGUCACCCGUCUGUAAAUGAUCCAUAGAUCUAUAAAUAUUUAUGGUUUGAUGAUUAAAAGUGAUGCUUAAUACAAGGCAGAGUUUAUGAGAGGGAUGGUGGUUGCACACAGAGAAAGCACAAGGCUCAUUUGGAGUCCUGAUGUACAGCAUUGUAAUUAUUUCAGAGUUCUACAGAAUGGAUUUUAGCCUAUAAAUAUCUUUCUUACUGUGCUUGGGGAUAGUUGUUAUCAUUAUUAUAAAUAUGAACAUAAUUAUUCUGAUACUGAUCCUCUCAUCCCCCCCGUCCCUUCAGGUUACUGGACUAUAGGAGUGUUCUGUAUCGCAAUGUAACUGUGUGUUUUGAUAUCACCGCCAGUCACUCCCUCAGAUCUGUAUUUGUCGGAAAAAAACCCUGACCACCGACCCCCGACCGCCAACCUCAGACCCCCUGAUGUGUGACCCACCUUGCCACACAUAGCCCCACCUCCCCUCACUCCCCUUUUUAUUUUCCUGGGGUUGACUCUUUGUUAAUGUACAGUUUUCAGAGCACAAAAUGAAUGUGUCUUAUUUCUAAUAAAAAAACAUAUCUAUAUAAUAAA